UCUCUUCAUCAAUCAUCACAUCCCUCUUCUUUCCCUCCUACAGGCUCUUUCUUUCCUCAUCCUCUCUGCGGGGUUGUGGUGCUCCAUGACGAUGUUAGAGGCAUGAGGUGCCCAUGCCGCUCGCUCUUCCCGACCACCCCAACGCCACCUGCUGCGACCUGCUCUGCAGCGAGGACGCCACUGAGCUCGCCGAACACACGCUGUGUGAGGGCGGCGGCGACUCCGCCGCCGCCGCCGCUGCGUGGCCCCCCGCCGAGUUUCCCGACUACUCGGACGAGUCCGUCGCCGGGUUCAUCGAGGGCGCGGCCGAUUACUCGCCCGGAAGCGGCUACUCCGACCGCUUCCGGUCCAACUCGCUCGACUUGGCCGCCCGCCAAGAGGCCGUCGCCUGGAUCCUCAAGCAAAAUGAAUGGGCGUUGCAACUUUUGUCAGUGGCAUGCUUGUCUCUAGCUGCAAAGAUGGAUGAAGCAUUUCUUCCAUCUCUGUUAGACUUGCAGGUUGAGGGUGCAAAGUUCAUCUUCGAGCCUCCAGCAAUUCUCAGAAUGGAGCUUCUUGUGCUGACUGCAUUAAAUUGGAGGCUUCGAUCUGUGACUCCUUUCACUUUCAUUGACUUCUUUGUUCAUAAGAUCGACACAACAGGAAAAUAUGCCCAAUAUUUGGUUGCAUUAGCCACUGAAAUUACACUUGCAACGUUGAAAGGUUCUUGAGUCACUGCCCAUCAUCACUCGCUGCGGCUGCCACAAUCCAUGCAACUGAUGGGAUUAUGGGUCUGGAUUCGGCAGCAUCUUGGUGCAUUGGAUUUAUAGAGGAGGGGAUUACUAAUUGUUAUCAUUCACUGGAGAAUGUUAUAAUCAAUCGCUCAAGGAGGCCUUCCACUAUACUUACAUCGAUUGACAUUGACCAAAGGACCUCUUCCUCUUCUUCUUCACCUAACAAAAGAAGGAAACUGAAGAACAAUUGCUUAUGGGUGGACAGUGUCAAGGAGAGCUUAUAGGAAUUUUUUGUUUGCUUUUUUUGGUCAAGGCUUUAGGAAGUGAAACCAGCUUUUUUGGGAUUUGCAGCUUCCCCCUCAUUUUUUAAGUGGGGUGAUGUUAGUCUAGUGGUUAGGAUAGCAGCUAAGGUGAGAGGACACAUAUUGGUUGUCUUUGCCCACCCCUUUUUUCUUCUUAAAUUUCUUUAAUUCAUGACACUUUGCUAAUUAUUCAGAAUAAAGUGCCAUAGUGUUUGAGAUCCUCAAGGGAGGGGGAUCUUGUUUGUGUGUGGACAUUGCUAAAUAUGAGGUCUGAAUUGAUUGUUGAAUGAAGGAGAACAGCUGGUGGAUCUUCUUUCUCUACAGUCACGACGAUACUAGUUCUUACAGUGUGAUUGUAAGCAUCAUGCAUUUGUCAACCUGGAAAAUGAUGUGUAUUCUUAUUCAAUAAAAGGAAAUGCAUCUCUUACUCGCUC